UGUUUCUUGUUCCUCAAGUCCCCACAUUCAGUCUCAAAGCUCUGUCUUCAUCAACGGAGCAAAUAUCGACGUAUAGAGAAGACGAAAAGCAGAACUCAAAGUAGAGACUAGAGAGAUGGAGUGUGUUUUCGGAUUGGUUGGUAAUGGUUUCACUCUGAUUGUGGCCGAUACGUUGGCUGUACACAGCAUAUUGGUUCACAAAUCGAACGAAGACAAGAUCAUGAUCCUUGACUCUCACAAGCUCUUGGGCGCUAGCGGUGAAAGUGGUGACAGAGUUCAGUUUACGGAGUAUAUACAGAAGAACGUAGCAUUGUAUCAGUUCCGUAAUGGGAUUCCGUUGACAACCGCAGCUGCUGCAAAUUUCACUCGGGGCGAGCUCGCCACUGCUUUGAGAAAGAGCCCAUACUUUGUUAACAUCCUUCUGGCUGGCUAUGAUAAGGAGACUGGUCCAUCUUUGUACUAUAUCGACUACAUUGCCACCCUUCACAAGAUUGAGAAGGGUGCUUUCGGGUAUGGAUCCUAUUUUUCUCUGUCCAUGAUGGACAGACACUACCACAGUGGGAUGUCAGUUAAAGAAGCAAUUGAUUUGGUCGACAAAUGCAUAAUGGAGAUCCGGUCCAGGUUGGUUGUGGCACCUCCGAAUUUUGUGAUCAAGAUUGUUGACAAAGAUGGAGCAAGGGAAUAUGCCUGGCGAGAAUCCAUCAAAGACACUAUUGCUCCUAAUACUGCCUGAAAUUCUUUUUGUUUCACCAAGACACUCUUCUCCAUUUUGUUUGUCCUUUUGUCAUUUCCUUUAAAGAUGGGGCGACUGUUUGUCAUGGAACAUUAUGGCUCUAUUUCCUCUGUUCAAACUGAUGUCAUUACAUACACCCCAUCUGUUCUUGAGAUGUAGCCAAUGUGUCGAAGAAAGAGCACAGUGAAGGAAUUGACAGGCUGGUACAUGACAUUCUUGGUUCUUCUAAUUCUCUUGUAUUCCCAUCUUAGAUGGUUUUCUAAAGCGAAAGAUUGCACGAUUCAAGCCGGGUGUCUUGAGUCUGUAGACUUU